CUCUCCAAUAUCUGCUUUGAACAGAUCUACGACGACGAAAGCCGUUUACCAUGUCAGAAACUCCAAGAAGAGAUAACUCAUCUUCCUAUGUUGACCUACUUGCCUAUCUCCAAGAUUCAACUAGUUCCGUUUUUAUAAAAGAUUUCCAGCGCGUUAGCGAGAAACUUCGAAGCAUCCUGGAUGACGGAAGUAGCAAGGUGCAUGUAAUUAGUGAUUUUGAUAUGACCAUUAGCAAAUACUGGGUGAAUGGUGAACGAAAUGUGAGCUCACACAGAUUACUGGCUUUGAGUAGUCGAGUGCCAAAGGAGUUUAGUGACAAGACCGACAUUCUUUAUAAACACUAUUAUCCUAUUGAAAUAUCGCGAACUAUACCACACAAAGAGAAAGUACAAGCGAUGGUGGAGUGGUGGGAAAAGGCUCAUGAACUGAUCCUCGAGCUGAAGCUGACAAAAAGCGAUCUGGCCCAUAUGGUAACAGAAACGCCAAUAUUGUUGAGAAUGGGAGCGCGGGAGUUUGUGGAUCACUGUGCAGCCAAGGAUAUACCCCUUUUGGUGUUUUCUGCUGGACUUGGAGAUGUGAUUGACGCACUUUUACGGCAUGAGGGUCUCAUGAAGCCCAAUGUCCACAUUGUCUCAAAUAGGCUUCAUUUUGGUGAAGAUGGCGUGGCAGAUAGAUUUGACGGUCGUUUGAUUCAUACCUUUAAUAAGAAUGAAGCCGCUAUAGGAGGAUCCGCAUAUAGCAGUAUAAUCGAAGACCGCCACAAUGUGAUACUAAUGGGCGACUCCUUGGGGGAUCUCCGUAUGGCAGAGGGUCUCGAACAUGACACAAAACUAACCAUUGGAUUUCUUAAUCACGACACAGAGCUGUUGCUAGAUCAAUACGCGGAAGCAUUCGAUAUCGUGAUAUUAGAUGAUGCCCCCAUGGAUAUUGUAAACCGUAUACUAUCCGCACUGCCGUAGAUUGUCAUUGGAAUAGAAAAAUAGGCCGGAUGUAAACAUGA